CGCGGGCGGGCAUCCACCGGGGCGCGCGCGGACGGGUGCGUGCCGCUCGGGCUCCAAGGCAGCCCACCGACUCCGGGCUGGGCUCCCCCUGUUCCUAAGGAGCACCCGCCAUUUCCCCUGCGUUGCUGCUGCUGCUGCUGCAUUUGGGGCUCCCGCAGCCACUAUCCCCGAGGCGCUGGCCCGAAGAAAGGGCGCGAAAGGCGCGCCCCCCGGCCGGCCGCCCGCCCCGGCCGCCGCCCUCCGCCGCUCUCCGCAGCAUUUCGCGCUCUCGCGCCGCUCCCCUCCCGCCCGGGCAUUUGCAUGUCCCACGAUUGUGGCCAAUCAGGGCUCGUCUCUCCCGAAGCGGAUGGCUUUUGCCUGAGAGGAAAGGGAGUGGCUGGCGGCGCAUGCGCCGGGUGGCCGACUCGAACCGAGGCUUUUAUUGCCAUAGUUUAUUUCCACCCCCUUCCCUCCUGUUCUCUCCCUCUCUUUCUUUUUUUUUUCCGCCCUGGCUGGGCUGUGUUGGAGGAGAGGAAGAAAGAGAGACAGAGGAUUGCGUUGAUCUCUUACGUUCCUGGAAUUUGUUAUCAGCAAGACCAACUAAGCUGUUGCACCUUUUUCAAUUCUGAAACAAAAUAAAAUACCAACUCUCUUUUUUGGCAUUUUUUUUUUUUUGCUUUAAAGCUGCCCUCUUGAAAUUAUUUUUUUUUCCCGGGAGAGAGAUGUCUUAUCAGGGGAAGAAAAAUAUUCCACGCAUCACGAGUGAUCGUCUUCUGAUCAAAGGAGGUAAAAUCGUUAAUGAUGACCAGUCAUUCUAUGCAGACAUAUACAUGGAAGAUGGGUUGAUCAAGCAAAUAGGAGAAAACCUGAUUGUGCCAGGAGGGGUCAAGACCAUCGAGGCCCAUUCCAGGAUGGUGAUUCCCGGAGGGAUCGACGUCCAUACCCGCUUCCAGAUGCCUGACCAGGGAAUGACUUCUGCUGAUGACUUCUUUCAAGGCACCAAGGCAGCUCUGGCUGGUGGGACCACCAUGAUCAUUGACCAUGUCGUGCCAGAGCCUGGGACAAGCCUGCUGGCUGCCUUCGACCAGUGGAGGGAAUGGGCCGAUAGCAAGUCCUGCUGUGACUACUCUCUGCACGUGGACAUCACCGAGUGGCACAAGGGCAUCCAAGAGGAGAUGGAGGCCCUGGUGAAGGAUCAUGGGGUAAAUUCCUUCCUCGUGUACAUGGCUUUCAAAGAUCGCUUCCAGCUGACGGAUUCCCAGAUCUAUGAAGUCCUGAGCGUGAUCCGGGACAUUGGUGCCAUCGCCCAAGUCCACGCAGAGAACGGCGACAUCAUUGCAGAGGAGCAGCAGCGGAUCCUGGACCUGGGCAUCACGGGCCCCGAGGGACACGUGCUGAGCCGGCCUGAGGAGGUCGAGGCUGAAGCCGUGAAUCGUUCGAUUACCAUCGCCAACCAGACCAACUGCCCCCUGUACAUCACCAAAGUGAUGAGCAAGAGCGCGGCUGAAGUCAUCGCCCAGGCCCGGAAAAAGGGAACCGUGGUGUACGGCGAGCCCGUCACCGCCAGCCUGGGAACUGAUGGCUCCCACUACUGGAGCAAGAACUGGGCCAAGGCCGCUGCUUUUGUCACCUCUCCACCCCUGAGCCCUGACCCGACCACUCCGGACUUUCUGAACUCCUUGCUGUCCUGUGGAGAUCUCCAGGUCACUGGCAGUGCCCAUUGUACUUUCAACACUGCCCAGAAGGCGGUCGGAAAGGACAACUUCACCCUGAUCCCCGAAGGCACCAAUGGCACUGAGGAGCGGAUGUCCGUCGUCUGGGAUAAGGCUGUGGUCACUGGGAAGAUGGAUGAGAACCAGUUUGUGGCCGUGACCAGCACCAACGCAGCCAAAGUCUUCAACCUUUACCCCCGGAAAGGCCGCAUUGCCGUGGGAUCUGAUGCGGACCUGGUCAUCUGGGACCCCGACAGCGUUAAAACCAUCUCUGCCAAGACCCACAACAGUGCUCUCGAGUACAACAUCUUUGAAGGCAUGGAGUGCCGUGGCUCUCCGCUGGUGGUCAUCAGCCAGGGGAAGAUUGUCCUGGAAGACGGCACCCUUCAUGUCACCGAAGGCUCUGGGCGCUACAUCCCCCGGAAGCCCUUCCCUGAUUUUGUUUACAAGCGUAUCAAGGCAAGGAGCAGGCUGGCGGAGCUGAGAGGGGUUCCCCGUGGCCUGUACGAUGGGCCUGUGUGCGAGGUGUCUGUGACACCCAAGACAGUCACUCCAGCCUCGUCGGCUAAGACGUCUCCGGCCAAGCAGCAGGCCCCACCCGUCCGGAACCUGCACCAGUCUGGAUUCAGCUUGUCUGGUGCUCAGAUUGACGACAACAUCCCCCGUCGCACCACCCAGCGCAUCGUGGCGCCCCCUGGUGGCCGUGCCAACAUCACCAGCCUGGGCUAGAUCCAGGGCCCAUUCCACUGGGGGAUAGGGGUUGGGGGAUGGGACACCUGAGGACAUUCUGAGACUUCCUUCCUUCCUUUUUUUUUUUUUUUUUUUUUUUAAAGAGCCUGUGAUAGUUACUGUGGGGCAGCCAGUUCACGGGGCUCCCUCUUGGGCCUCACACUCCGUCCCUCACCCGGAGUCACUGACUUUGCUCACCCACUUCUCUACACAUUUACAAACAUCACACCACGUCUACCCACCAACCCCGUACAGGGGACUGCAUCCAACACUCAGACAUGCGAAACAGAGCAAAUCACCAUGAGGGUGUUUCUCAUCUCCAACCUCUGUUGUAUUUAUCAUCUUCCUUUUCAUUAGGAGGGAAGAUAAAGUGAAUUGCCCAGAGCUGCCUUUUUCUUUUUAAAUUAAAAAAAAAAAAAUGUUUUCGUUAUGGG